AAUUAAACAAUUAAAAGUUUAAACAAAAAAACAAUAAUGAAUUCAAUUCAAAUUGUUGCAGUAAUUGUAUCUUGUUGUGUUGGCUUAUUGCAAGCGGCUUCAUUGCCUGAUUUUAUUACACCAUGCAAAGGAACUGAUCCAAAUUUAAGUCAGUGUGCUGAAAUAGAGGCAAACAAAGUUAUACCAAAAUUAAUAAAUGGUUACCCAUCAUUAAACAUCCCAGUUUUAUCCCCAUUAAAAAUUGAGCAAAUUAAAGUUGAGAAUUCUGGUCAAUUGAGUAUUGUCAUCAAUGAUGCAUUAGUUCGUGGUCUUGAAGAUGCUAAAGUUUCAAAGUUCAACAUGGAUUUUAAUUCACACAUUGUUCAUCUACGAUUAAAUAUUCCAAAUUUAAAUAUCCAAGGAGAAUACGAAAUGGCGGGACAGUUACUUGUUUUACCAAUAAAUGGUAAAGGAGCAUGUAAUAUCACAGCUGUCAAUGGUGAUUUCGAUAUUGAUGUUUCCUACACCUUAUACGAUAAAGAUGGCGUACAAUAUGCAAAAAUAGAAAAAGUUGAUGUUGUAAUUGACAUUAAAGAUGCACAUCUUUAUUUUGCAAACUUAUUAAAUGCCAAAAAACAGGUUUCUGAUGAUAUUAACGCAUUAUUGAACAAAGAAUGGCGUCAAGUUAUCCAUGAUUUAGAGCCAGCUAUAAAAGAAGCCGUUUCAUUGAUUGUGACACAAGUUGUUAAUGGUAUUAUUGAUAAAGUACCAUUCGCUGAAGUUUUCGGGAAUGAACUUCCAUAAGUUUUGUUUUAUAGUUUUAAACUAAGACAAUUAA